AUGCUGGAAACAGCAUAUGAGUUGAAGUUGGCAUUUGAUAGGCUAGCAGAGGAGGACAGUAAAUAUAAGGGUUACUUUGAUGAAGAUGAAGAUGAUGAAAAUGAUGAGGAUGAUGUGACUGAUUUGAUAUUUGGUACUGAGGGGGCAGAGGGUGAGAAAAGGAAAAGAAAAAACAGAGGGAAAAAGAGGGUUGGGCCACCAAAUGAAGAAGACUGGUAUAGGGCUGAGGCUUUUAUUAAGUUCUUGAAAGUAUUCUUUGAUGUCACUCUUAAUGUUAGUUGUACUAACACACCAACUGCACAUAAGGCAUUUAGUGAGAUUGUGACAAUCAAGUGUGAAAUUGAUGAUCUAUUUGCUGCACCAGUGACAAAUCAAAGUACUGAUUAUGAGAAGAUUUUGUUUACUAUGUCUGUGGAAAUGAGGAGGAAGUAUAGGAAGUACUUUGAUACUAUAGAUGAUGUGAACAAACUUCUUCUUGUAGCUUUGGUGUUGAACCCUAGAUAUAAACUGAGAUACUUCUCAAGGGUUCUUGAAAAAAUGUUGCAACAUGAUAGUGAUUAUGUGAAGAGAAAAACUGAAGAGCUCAAAGAUUUGAUUGUCACACUCACUGAUUUAUAUGCAUCAAUGAAUGGUGGUCAAAGUAGUAACACAAAAAAAAUCUUGGGAGUUUCUGAAGCUGAACAGAAUGAAGGUAGCAGCAGGUGUCCAUCCAUGAAGGUGACAGGGAGAAGGGCAAUGAUGAUGGAGGAUUGGCAAAAGGAUCUUGAAGAUGGAAACGCAAUUGUAAUUGCUCAUGAAGUGGAUAGAUACCUGCUUGAUCCUAUAGAGAAACCUGAGGGUGAUUGGGACAUUUUGAGUUGGUGGAAGUUAAAUGGAUCCAAGUAUCCUAACUUGCAAGCUGUUGCCAAGGAUGUUUUGGCAAUCCAAGUCAGCACAGUGGCAUCUGAAGCUUCUUUUAGCACUGGAAAGAGGGUAAUUGAUCCUCAUAGGAGUUCAUUAACUCCAAGGUCAGUUGAAGCAUUGAUUUGCCUACAACAAUGGUUGAAGUCAGAUGCCAUUACCAGCCUUGCACACACCCCUACUCCUGAGGAAAUGGAAUGGUUGGAGAAAACAGAACAAGAGUUGGACCAAGAAGAAAGAGAACUAAGGAAUAAACUUGAAGAAAAGAAAAAUAAAGAAAGCAAAACUUCAAAGGCUAACAAAGGAGCAUCUGAUGGAAAAUUAUCCAAGAAACAGUGUGGUGUCACUGAUGUUUGA